UUCUGAUCCUUCAUCUCAGGUAGCAGUUUGACCAGCCUGUUUUCUCUCCUCCUAUGCUGCCCCUUGGCCAAACAGUAGUGGAGCAGUUCUGCUGGACAAGAGAAGAACUACAGCCUCACUUUGGAUUUUGGAAACCAUGCAUGGAAACGGUCUGCAAACAGAUUGCCUCUGGAAACCAUACAUGCUGCUGCUUGCCCUUUGGGAGUGCCCUGGGAAAGCUGCGUGGCAGCCUCCCACUUGCCUCCCUUUGUCUCCCUCCACCCCUCAUUCUGUGCUGGGCUUCUGGGAGGUAUUGCGAAGAGGGACAGGAUGCGCCAGCCGGGGCAGCUCUGCCUCCGGGCAAGAAGUGCAUGUCGUCAGCCUGCAGGGGAAAGCACCAGCAAACGCCCAGGUAACCCUGGUGCUGGGCCCAGAUGCCUUUGACAAAGCUCCCAUCUUUGUGCUGCGUUCCCAGGAGCCUUUGCGCUGGAUGUUGCCAUCUCCGCCUGGAAAAAACUGGACCUUCCAGGUCUCCCCUGGCUCCAGUGUCUCAGCUCUUGGGCCAGAGGCGUCUGCUGAGAUCAGCUUCCCAGAGACACCCAGGGGCCUACUGAAGUGGGUGCGUAGGAAGCAUGGAGGGGUCACCUCUCUGGCUGAAUACCACGGAGUCAACACCAUCUACACACGCCUGGGGGCUGAUGGGACUGCACCGGCCACUUGCAGAUUGCGGCCAGAUUUCCUAACGCCCAGACACUUUGCUUCUGAGCGCCGACUCCAACCUCUGCAAACUUGCCUGAAUCCUGACCCUCCUCAAGACCUCGAAGUUCACAUCAUCCUCUCCAAAGGAGCUGCUCCAAGUGUGCUCUCUUCUAGGCCCAGCUUGGCCCGUUUAACUGUGGAGCUUCAUGCUGUCAGAAGGUCUCCACGCUGGGGGUUGCUCUUGAUCCUGAAGAGUGAAGGAGCUGCUCAGUGGAUGGUCCACGCUCACCACCUCACUGGCCAGCUGCACGUCCUGGCUUCUCACAAAGUUGUGGUCAGGAGCACAGAAAUGGACUUGCCUCUGACUGUGACUCAGCAUACAUCCCCUGGGCUGGCUUAUGCCCGAGAUCCUGUGCAGUGGGCAGCAGAGCAGAAUCUGCCUGCCUUCACGUCCUACACUGAGGCUGAGCGGGUGAACAGGUUUCUCCUUCUUAUUGGGAUGAAUGAGGCCACACCUACUCCUCCAGAGGACCCCAAGCCAUUUGGGCCCAUGUUUUUGCUGCCCCACAGACUUGCAGAGUCUCCGCAGCACUUCCCAGAGGCUUUUUCAGUAGGCUGGGGGCUGAGGCAGGAGUUCUUGGCGGAGGACAGUUCUGCUGCACAUCCAUUACCCACAGCCAAAGCAGGCACAGAGAGAACAGAGGCUACGUUGUGUCUUGGGGAGCAGAAACCCCUUCAUGAGAAUAAGGACGCUCAGAGAGUCUUCUGUGUCUCGCCGCCUUCAACCCAGACAUCACCCCUGGAAGCCACAAUGGCCCUCCAGGACCCUCCUUUUCACCUAGGUAAAGUCUUGCUCAAUCUUGAAGUCUACAGCUCUGAGGCCUUUGUCAAGCAACCAGGACCCUGUACAGUCUCAGCCAACAGCCGGGUCUUUGUGGAGGCUUCCUUGGCUGUGUAUGACUUGUGCCUUGGCUUCACCAUCCGGCAGUGCUUCAUCUCACCCUCUUCAGACUUUUCAGUGGCCUCUCCAUAUCUGCUGGUCCAGCACGGCUGUGCAGCUGAUGCCCACAUCACUUUGACAGGACCUGAGCAGGCAACCCAGGGCCAGGCAUUGCCUCCAGGAUACCAGGAACGCCAACGGCUGAGCUUUGUACUUCAACCUCGCUCCAACGACUCCAUUCACUUCCUGCACUGCCGCCUGGCGCUCUGCAGCAGGGAGCUUUUGGACCCCAGCAAGCCCAGGGGCCCAAUCCCCCAGUGCCAGUCCAAGACAGAGGCCUGUGAGGACAGAGGAGAAGAGGAGUUGGCCAGUGGGCGUUUCCAGCGCAUGUUCACAAAGCCCAUCAUAGUGAUGAUGGAGACUCCACCCAGAGCUACCACUUCUGGUCUGGGACCAGAUAUUUCCCCAGCUAACCACCAAGGAAAUGUGCUUAAGGAUGCAACCCACUCACGGAAGGCACAGCCAGCCCCAAUAGUCGUUCUUCCCGCCAUAGAAACAGAAGGGAAUCCUCCCCCUCCCCUUGUGUCCCCUUCUCUGCAGCUGCUGCUGCCCCGGGCCUGGAGCUCCCGGCAGUCAUUGGCAUCGCCUUCUCCGCCUUCAUCAUCGGCAUCUCCCUCACCGGUGGACUCUGGUUCAUUCAUUCCCAGACAGGUCCUGAAGAAAGAGUUAUUCCAAAUCCCCAGCCAGCUUCCUCAGCCGCAGCUGCAGCUGGCCCUGUUCAUGGCUCCUUGCCCUAAGACUUCUGCUUUGAACACAGAAUUCUCAGGCAGAUAUCUUCACAGCUUCAAGUCUUUAUUCCAGUGUCUCAGCUGGCUGAAGCAAUACCUUUCAGCUCUUGAUAACCACACACUCUUUCAACUUGAACUUUAAAAGAAGUAAAUUCUGGUUGCUGGUGGUAGCAGCAGCAAGAACUUUGCAUUAGUUUGCUGCAUGAGAAUUGUUUGGUUUUUCAUUGCCACACUGCUGCGUGAACAACACAGAGAAGUCUCCUGCUCCAAAUGAUGCAGAAGCAUUUUACAUUCCAGUAUCAUCUGUUGGGAUGUGCUGCCCCUUCACCCUUUCUGGGGGACUGUCAACUAACAGUGGGGCCUCACACUCCUACUUCAGCACUUUGGAAGAAGAAAAAGGGCUCAGGUGAGAUUGGCUGACAUUCCCAAUGGAGAACCUGGACAAAGCAUUGCCUGUACUUGGGCUUGCUCUAGCAUCUUCUGCUCUCUUAGUAUGAAUACUUACCUAUGUUCGGAUAGAAAUGCUGAGUUUCAUGGAUAUCCUGAGCCUGUUCUCUCAACUUUAUGCAAGGGAAUAAACACAAGCUUCACAUUUGGCAGACUUCUGGGAUUUCUCUAAUCAGCCACACUGUACAUGAUGUAGCCUGCUCUGAACCACCUGGGCAGUUGCAACCUCCCUCACCUGGCAGCAGACAUCAACUUCCUGAGUGUUCUUGUCUUGAAAGCUCCUCAUUCCUUCAGCUAGAAGAUAUGCUCUGUCUAUGAAAACCCAGUUUAGUAGGACAAAGUAUUAAUAUCCAUU